AUGGCUUCUCUCAACUUGUCAGCCAAUGGCCCCUCAAUCUCCAAGAGCUAUCAGUCGGUCGUGAAUGCGCCACCCCCUAAGAACGGCUCACCGACAUAUGGUCAAUGGGCCGUCUUUUCCGUCUCAACCCCACUGCUCAAUGCAUUCCAGCAGGAUGCUGGUAGCAAAGAGAGUGUGUUGAAGGUCCAAAGCACAGGUGAGGGUGAAUUGCUCGAUCUCAUCGAGGAGUUCUCCGAAGGCCGUGUUCAAUUCGCCUACGUCAAAGUGACCGACCCUAAUACUGGCCUCCCUAAGAACGUUCUGAUUGCGUGGUGUGGCGAAGGUGUUCCCGAGAGGACUAAGGGUUAUUUCACGAGCCAUCUGGCCAGUGUAUCGAAAUUCCUCCAUGGCUACCAUGUUCAGAUUACUGCGCGAGCCGACGGUCAUCUAUCGCCCGAAGGUAUCGUUCAACGAGUCGCCGAUUCAUCCGGUUCAAAGUAUUCGGCAGAGUCGCAAGCACCACCUCCAACCACGGCAGCCCGUCCCCCGGUCGCUACUAAGCCUGUAUUCACACCUACCCGCUCAGGAGGCAUUGCUCCAGCUCCAGCUCCCCGCCCAAAGCCAUCCGCGGCAGUAGAUAAUGAUGGUUGGGGUGAUGACGCACCCCCAGUCACUCGAACCCAACUCGAGAAAGUUCAACCCGCUUACCAACCUACCAAGGUGAACCUCUCACAACUCAAAUCAGAGAACCAAUCUCCCGCACCCCGACAGCCCGUAUCAGCACCUACAGAAGACCGAGGGGAUGUAGUGAGAGGUGGAUAUCAACCUAUUGGUAAGGUUGAUAUCGCGGCCAUCCGACGACAAGCCGCUGAAUCAGGCCAGACAAAAGAUGAUCGUCCUGCCCCAGUGAAGGGUUCUUAUGAACCGGUGGGCAAGGUGGAUAUCGCCGCUAUUCGUGCUCGCGCCCAGAAACCCGAAGGUGCAAAUGAUGAUGCGCCCGCACCAGCCCCUCGUCCAGACCCAGUUCCUCGCAAUGAACCCACCACACUACCCGAGCGCCCGGCUUUCAACCAAGACGCCGAACGUCUGACCAACCUGCCGAAGCCCAAGGUUGCCAAUAAGUUCGGGUCCAGCCCAGCAUUCCCUGGCACCAAACCACCUCUUCCCGCCGGAGGAAGUGCAGCUGUUCCAAAUGUGCAAGUGGGUAGCGCCAGCCGGACCUUUGCGGACCAAGGGGGUAAAACUCCUGCUCAACUCUGGGCCGAACGCAAGGCCAAGGAACGCGGAGCUGCGCCUGCGCCUGCAACUGAUGCAUCGCUUCCUGCACCUAUUCAGAGCCAACCCAGCGGCCAAAGUGAGUGGAAGAGCGGGUACGCCGGCAAAUCUUGGGCACCAGUGCAGACUGUUCAGGAGAGAAGUGUCCCUGAAGCUGCAGAUGUGAAAUCUUCCGACCCGCUACAGACCGAGUCCGCACAGCCACCUUCUCACGUUCUGGACACACGGGACCAAUUCGCCCAGCCUCCCCCUGCGCCUGUUGCUGCUGAAGCACCCCCUCCACCCGUGCCACAGGCUAGUCGGCCCGUUCCUGUUCCCGGGCUACCAUCUGGUCCCACCGAGCCUGAAUCCAAGCCCGAGCCCGAGCAUGAUUUCCACCAAGACCUCCCUACCCCUCCCCCUCAGCCGCGCUCUCCUACUCCCCCAACCCCUCCUGUGCGAGAGAGUUCUCCUAUUCGCGUGGCCAUGCCCGUGAGUCGUGAAGUGACCGAUGCACACGACGAGCAACAUUCUCCGCCUCCAGCCAUGCCCGUUCGAAGCCUCGAAGAAGUGGUACCGGACGAGAGUGAAUUGGAAAGUGAUGACCACCAUGAUCUUGGGCGUGCCGCGGCCGAGGCCACUGUUCCCGAUCAAACCCAAGGUGGAUUGCGUGCCGUGGUGCAGUAUGACUACGAAAAGGCAGAGGAUAAUGAGGUGGAGCUCCGAGAAGGUGAAUUUGUGACUGAUAUUGAGAUGGUCGAUGAAGAUUGGUGGUUGGGCGUAAACACCCAGGGUGAACGGGGCCUUUUCCCUGCCAACUACGUUGAGAUUGUGGAGGAGGGCCACGCUGGUGCCCACGCCGUGGAGCCUGAGCAUGAGGCUGAACCUAUUCAUGAGGCUGAGCCCGAGCCCGAGCCUACACCUGCUCCAGCUCCGGCCCCUGUGCCAGUUGCGGCCCCCGAACACCAUGAACCUUCCCAUUCUCAGGGCCCGACUGCGUCAGCCCUUUACGACUAUGAGGCCGCGGAGGACAACGAGCUCAGCUUCCCAGAUGGAGCUACCAUCGUGAACGUGGAAUUCCCUGACGAUGAUUGGUGGCUUGGAGAGUAUAAUGGAGACCGGGGUCUGUUCCCCGCCAACUAUGUGCAAUUGAACCAGUAA